GAUGUCUGCACGAAUCCGCGUUUCUGCUUUCCGCGCGUGUUGAGAGUGAUUUCUGUGCUGUCUCGCGGUCGUUUCUCGCGCAGUUGGGGCAAAGAACUCAUGUGCCUCGCAUGACGUGAAUUUUAUUGUUCGUCUGCUGUUGAACAACACCGAUCGCUACAGUGCUUUCGUUCCAAGUGCGCAGUUCUAUCCACGUGAUAUAUCUACAAAUAAUGGCAAAAGCAGUAUAACAAAACUACAGCUUUUAAACGUCAGAGGGCCAAAGUGAGGCUGAGAAUGCAAAGCUGAAGCUUCGAGUUGUCUCUGUAACCAAUAAGACCAGUGUCAAAUGUCCCAACUAACAUGUGUGCUAACUGGGUAGCUGUGUUCUUUGUGUGGAUAUCCUUCUUUCUCGGUAGUAACUCCUUACCAGAAGUCAUCAAAGUCGGUGGUCUCUUCGAGUCUGGUGACGAAGUUUUACAAUCGGCAUUCCGCUACGCUGUAGAUCGAGUAAACUCAGACAAUUCUUUGCUACCUAAUUCUCGGCUAUCGGCUAACAUCCAGCAGCUCGAGCAUCAAGAUAGUUUCCAAGCAUCCCGCAAGGUUUGCGACCUUCUAAGCCAAGGAGUGGCUGCCAUCUUUGGGCCACAGUCUAUUGAACCAAGCGCAACAGUCCAGUCCACAUGCGAUGCGCUACAUGUUCCUCACAUGGAAACAAGAUGGGAUUUCAGAGUCCGGCCGGAUAAUCACACCGUCAAUCUAUUUCCGUUUGCUAAGACUUUGAGCAAGGCGUAUCGUGACCUCAUCAAGAAUAAAGAAUGGAAAAACCUUGCAAUCGUUUACGAAGAAAACGAAGCACUGAUACGACUUCAAGAGUUACUUCAAGAUCCUUUGGUGCAAGAAAAAAAGCGCAAAGUGCUGGUGAAGCAGCUUGUUCCAGGCCAGGAAUACCGAAAGCUAUUGAAGGAAAUAGGAAGAGCAGGAGUGCAAAAUGUUAUUGUAGAUGUGCCGACAGAAAACAUAAUCCGUUUCCUCAGACACGCCAAAGAAGUGGACAUGAUGUCAGAAUACUACAAUUACUUUAUCACAUCGUUGGAUUUACACACCAUUGAUUUGGAAGAAUUUCAAUAUGGUGGAACAAAUAUUUCUGGGUUUCGACUGGUAGAUGAUUCUGCUCGAGAAUUCGAAGACAUUUCGCAAGUGUGGUAUUCUGGAGCUCUUGGAUUUGGACAUCGCAAGACCAAAGAUAAAACUCACUUGAAGAAUAUAACGACUGAGGUGGCGCUGAUGUACGACGCGGUCAAGCUUUUUGCAGCUGCCCUACACGAACUUGACAGACGAGGACAAGACGUCUACUUUCCCGCCAUCUCGUGUGAUACAGAGCAACCUUGGCCUCAAGGGAAUAUCAUAGUAAACUACAUGCGGAUGAUUACCGCUAGGGGGCUCACUGGAGAAAUUAAAUUUGACAGAUAUGGAUUUCGUUCGGAUGUAAAUCUGAAACUGAUUGAGCUUACUCACGAAGGACUCCAAGAUGCUGGAGACUGGAAUGUUGAAGUUGGAAUAAAAAUUACAGGAAACACAACUAAAGCUAUCGAGGAGGUUAAAGCUUCUCUGAAAAACAAGACCUUGAUUGUAACAACAUUGAUGAAUCCUCCUUACAUAGCACGGAAGGAAGGUGCUAAUCUGAGGGGGAACAGUCGGUAUGAGGGAUACUGCGUGGAUCUUAUUGAGGAAAUUUCUAAGGUACUUGGAUUUAAGUACAAAUUUCGAGAAGCGGCCGAUCGCACGUAUGGGAAGAGAAACGAAUGGGGAGAAUGGAAUGGCAUGAUUCGUGAGUUGAUAGAAGGGAAAGCAGAUUUAGCAGUUGUAGAUCUGACAAUAACGUACGAGCGAGAAGACGCUGUCGAUUUCACGAUGCCAUUCAUGAACUUGGGGAUAAGCAUUCUUUUCAAAAAACCCUCCAGGAAAAUCCCUAAGCUGUUUUCCUUUCUAUCCCCACUGUCUCUAGAAGUGUGGGUGUACAUGGUGACAGCUUUCCUCGGAGUAAGUCUCUUUCUUUUCAUCGUGGCUAGGUUCAGUCCUUAUGAAUGGACAAACCCUCAUCCCUGUGACCCACAUCCUGAUACCCUGGAGAAUCAGUUCACCCUGCUCAACACCUUAUGGUUCACUGGUGGCUCCCUCUUGCAACAAGGGUGUGAAGUCACACCAAGGGCUGUUUCAACAAGAGUAGUUUCUGGAAUCUGGUGGUUUUUCACCCUUAUCAUGGUAUCCUCGUACACAGCCAACCUUGCAGCUUUCUUGACCGUGCAACGGAUGACUUCGCCGAUAGAGAGCGCUGAUGACCUGGCUAAGCAGACAUCCAUUCAGUAUGGUUGUCUUCGGUCAGGAUCUACGCAAGCUUUUUUUAAGACGCUGUCUUCAAAAGUUUUUAACCACUGGCUAGAAGCCUUUCUUUAUUGUAAUUCUUAUCCUGAAGGUUCACCCUAUCGGACUUUGUUAUCAAGUGCCAUCCUGAAGCUCCAAGAAGGUGGUAUCUUACAAAUGCUGAAACAACGGUGGUGGAAAAAUAAGGAGAAGAACUGUAUCAAGGAAGAAACAAGCCUUUCCGGUUCAGCUAGUGAACUAGGGCUAGAUAAUGUAGGGGGUGUUUUUGUAGUUCUGUCCUCUGGAUUGUGUAUGGCGUGUUUAAUAGUUGUUCUAGAAUUCACCUGGAAAUUGCGAAAACUUCCUUCUGAAGAAAGGGAGCCGUUAUGUGUGGAAAUGUGCCGUGAAAUGAAGUUUGCUAUUAUGUGCGGAGGAGACAGUAAACCAGUUAGGAAAGAGUCUUUACCACCAUCCAACAACUUGUCACUGAUCCAGUUCAGCAGCCUAGGAAACCUCAAUUCGAAAGAAACGAUAUCUUGACAACAAGAUCCAGGGCUGGUAGUUCCUUUAGUAGACAGUGAUGUCAGCUAUUACCGAUAUUCCCAAUAUGACGUCAUCAGCGUAGUCUAGAAUAGCAUUUCCGAUUAAUAAAACUAUCUGAUAUUCCAUCUGAUGUAUAGUUUGGUGCAUCCAUCUGUAUAGAGUUUGUUAAUUCUUAGAGGUCGUCUUCUUUAAACUUUUCCAUAAUUACAUGCAUCGUUGGAUCUUAAUAAGAUUCUGGGCGAAGCUUUUGGUCUAUUAACCGAUGUUACUGUAAUAUAUAUAAACCAGUAGAUUAGAUGAUAAUGUUGAACACGUACAGUAGAUGCCUUAUAGGCAACUGUUUCAUCGAAUUCCGAAAUCGAAUCAAUUGUUCAUUGUGUGUUUGUGGCUCAGUUGUACAAUAUCAAUGAUGCUAUACUGGGUUUCCUUUUUGUUUAAUAGCUUACUCUGAUAUGAUUAAGAAAUUUAGGACUGUGUUAUGCUUGUUCAUCUUACUGUUAUUUCUGAUUAAUUAUAUCAAGAUUGAAUAUAACAGACUCAGAAUAUUUCAUUAUGUUUAACGCAGUUUCCGUAAGAUUGAUUGUCGUAAUGUUGUGGUGGUGACAUUUUGUUUGAAAAAUAAAUGUAAAAAUAUUGAUUCGUUCAAUGAAGAAUUUGUAAAGCUUGUGAUUACUGUGUUUACUGAAGUUUUAAUGUUAUCUUUGGUGUUGAAACUGAACCUUUAAAAUUUUUAAUGGUUUGUUUGGAAUUAUUUUAUAAAAACAUUUUGAGAAUUGUGUUUCAAUGAUAAUAUAGUUUUGGAUAUGGUCAUUUAAUAGAGUUCAGGGUUGUCUGAAUAAUGACCAUUUAAGUCCAGACGAUGGGUAAGGAAAACAAUUGAGAGCAUAUAUCUUUUCCUGUUCAAAUACAAACCUUAUCAUUGUAUACGUAUUUAAAUUAAUAACAUGAUAGUGCGUUUUCAAUUAACCAAAUAAUGUGGACUUCAAUAGAAUAUUAUUCUCCGGAAGAGCAGGAUGCGCCCAUGGUCUGCCAAUUGAACAACAACGACCUAAGCAAAAUUGGGAGUGACUUUUGCCCACAAUUAAACGUUUAACUGAACGAUUUUUAUCUUCGUAUUUUCUCCAGAAAUCAACAUUUCUGUAUAUUUUUCUUGUCUGAGUAUUCACUUUAAAUUAUGCUUUUAGACAUCUCGAAAAAAUAUCAAAUUUUUUGGGCUUUGUUAGUAGAAAAAGACGUCAAUGUAAUACUUUCCUCGGAGUUUACGAAAAGAGGUAUUAUAAAAAUUAUUUGAACAUCAGACAUUUCCGAAGAACGAUAUACAGUAUAAACUUUAUAAUCCUUAAAAUUAUACUAGUCUACACAAGAGUUCGGAAAAGUUUUAAAUUGAUAUAAUGUGAAUAAAAUGCUUACUCAGAAGAGCACUUCAUUAUUACCCAAACUGUCAGCUGCUUUACUAUAAGUCGAUUAUAUUUAGGUGUAUCGUAAUUUCUACGACUAAUAUCUUCUAGAUAUCCAUAUUAUAUAAUAUUUAAUCCCUUUUAUUCAUUAAAAAAACAUGUAUUUUGUAUAAAAAUAGACAAGGUAGUAUGAUAGAAUAAUCUAGACUUAAAUAUUGAUUUAUUCUUUGUUCAUGAUCAAAAAUGCCUUUUAUUUUUUGUUGUGGGUGGUGGUGGUGUUUUUUUUUUGUUUGUUUUCCUAAAUAAAAUUCAUCCCAAUUUGUGCAUUAAA